AUGGCAAACAAUUCCACCUCCAUCACAGAGUUCAUCCUCCUGGGAUUCCCUCUUAACUCAAGCAUGCGGAUGCUCCUCUUUGGACUCUUCUCCCUGUUUUAUGCGUUCACCCUGCUGGGGAAUGGGCUCAUCCUGGGGAUCAUCUGCCUGGAUAGCAGACUGCACACCCCCAUGUACUUCUUCCUGUCCCACCUGGCCACCGUGGACAUGGCCUACGCCUGCAACACGGUGCCCCAGAUGCUGGUGAACCUGCUGAGCCCAGCCACGCCCAUCUCCUUUGCAGGCUGCAUGACUCAGACCUUCCUCUUUUUGACUUUGGCUAUCUCAGAAUGUCUGCUUCUGGUAGUGAUGGCCUAUGACCGCUAUGUGGCCAUCUGCCACCCCCUCCAAUAUUGUGCCAUCAUGAGCUGGAGGGUCUGCAUCAUGCUGUCAGUGACAUCCUGGACCAUGGGAUUUCUUCUGUCCUUCAUUCACCUAGUGUUACUUCUACCUUUACCCUUUUGUAUGUCCAAGAAAAUCAAACACUUUUUCUGUUAAAUCAUGGCUGUGCUUAAACUUGCCUGUGCAGAUACCCACAUUAAUGAAAACAUGGUCUUGGCAGGGGCAGUGUCUAUGUUGGUGGGACCAUUCUCCAUGAUUAUAGUCUCAUACAUGUGCAUCUUGCAUGCCAUCCUGAAGAUACAAUCAAGAGAAGGGAAAAGAAAAGCGUUCUCCACCUGCUCCUCUCACCUCUGUGUGGUUGGACUCUUCUAUGGAACAGCCAUGAUCAUUUAUUUUGUGCCCGGAUAUGGCAACCCCAAGGAGCAAAAGAUGUAUCUCCUGCUGUUUCAUAGCCUUUUCAAUCCCAUGCUUAACCCUCUCAUCUAUAGUCUUAGGAACUCAGAAGUGAAGAAUACUCUAAAGAGAGUGUUGGAGAUCAAGAAAAAUACCAACAACGUUCUCAACCAUUUUCAAGAAUUUUGUCAGAUAUCCUCUGUCUACGGUGAACCUGUUUAUGCAGGAUACUCCAAACUUUUUGUGAAUUUGAAUGGCCCACCUUUGGAGUCUCUUGGCCUGUUUAAGUGA